AUGGUAAAACAAAUGAAAAUUGCUAUAAUUGUAACAGAUGAAGUAUUAGAAUGUAAAAAUAAAGGUGAAUUUUAUAGUUUAUAUGAUAAUUUUAUAAAGAGAUAUGGAUUAAUUGAUCAACAUAAUGAAUUUGGUAAUAUUCAAGUUAUAACAACAAGAUAUAAUGCAGUUCAAAAAGAAUGGCCAACUAAUCCAUUAUCAUAUGAUGGUUACAUUAUCACUGGUAGUGCAUCAUCAGCCUAUGAUAAUAAUGAAUGGAUUAUACUAUUAAAAGAGAGAAUCAUUGAAUUGGAUAAACAUGAAAUGAAAAUGUGUGGCAUUUGUUUUGGACAUCAAAUUCUCGUUGAAUCAUUAGGUGGUAAAAUCGAAAAGAAUACCAAAGGUUGGGAACUUGGCCAACACUCAGUUCCACUCGAUAAAGAAGUUUCAAUCAUUUUCGAUAAUAUUAUAAACAAUAAAAAUAAAAAUCAAUUUGAUAAUGAUGAUAGUGCAAAUAGUAGUAGAAGUAAUUCACCAAUUUUAAAAUUAGAUGGUGCUUCAACUCUAACACCAACAAUAACCAAUGAUGAUAGUGUUUUAUUAAAAGAUAAAAUUUCAAUUUAUCAAAUUCAUCAAGACCAUGUUUCAAUUUUACCAAGUGAUAUGAUUUCAAUUGGAUCCACUGAAAAAUCAAUUCAAGGUGUUUUAAAAGAAUCAAAGAAACAGCCUGGUAAUUUUUAUAUCAUUUCAUUUCAAGGUCAUCCUGAAUUCAGUUUUGAUUUCAUUCAUUUGUUAAUCAGUGACCUUCAUCAUGUCGGUCAAGAAAUGAAAGAUGUUUCCAUUAAAACUUUACAACAAACAACUUGCCAACCUUGGUUAUCAAAUUUAGUUUUUAAUUUCUUUAAAAACUGA